UGAAUAUGCAUAUAAAUUUGUAUUAUAAACAAAUUUAUGUAUUAAUAUUAAUAAUAUAACAUAUGCGUAAGUGUUUUUAAAAGGAAUAUUUUUUAAAUAUAAUGUGCGUACAAAGUUUAUUGCAUUUUUUAAUACGAAGCGUUUGAUUGGUUGAUUUGAAUUUCGGAAGCCUAUAAGUUUUUACGUAAUAUAAAUUAUGAUAAUCGUCUUUUUUUUUCGAAGAACACUUUGAUAAUUUACAUUUGAAAAGAUAACGAAUGUUUUGAAAAGGUAAUCGAAUAUACAAAAAAAUGCGCGAGACGGAUAUGUUACCGUUCAACUAAACGAAGUUUGCUUAUAUCAUACGAAGUUGGGGGUAAAUCGGGAAGCCGUACCGUACAGACAACGUAGUGAUCGUAGUUACUUCGAACAGUCAACGACAUUGUGAUACGACCGAGGUAACGGAAAACACAGCGAGGUAAAUCAAGAUGAGCGCCCUGCAAUCAUGUAUAAACCUUUUAAUGUUACAUCUCGUAUCGAUCGAGGCGAUCGGUGUUGGCCAAGCAUGGCGCAUAUCGCCUUACUCAAAGACCGAUUAUUUCUUAGAACAUCCAUCUUGGCCUCGGUUGGAUUCAUCUGCUUUCGAAGUACGCACUGUCAGCGGUGUAGGUCGUUUGGUACCUUUAAACGAUUUACGAAAUCUUCCUAAUAAUCAAAUAAUCGAGAAGAUUGAUAACAUCGACCCGAAUUCUUUGUCUGAUCAAGAAACUAUUGAACGUGAUUCAAGAGAUAUGUCAUCGUAUCAAAAUGAUCAGAGAAAGAAUAUAAAUGAUAAUACUAGGAAGGAUUUAUCGAUCGAUGGAAGGACGAACGACAGUUCGACGUAUCCGCAAAAAAUUUUCAAAACGAAAGUUUCCAUGAGAGUAUUCCCGAUCGACGUUUGGGAGCAAUCAUUGAAAGUUGAUAAGAAAAUCGAUAAAUCGAAAGAUAUUAAUCAUCGUGUACGCCGUGAAGCAGAUAAUGAUACCAAUAUGGAAAAAAUUGGUAGUACGUUAACGCUUCGGGAGGCACGAUUGGCUUCUCCGGAAACAUGGUCGAAACAGCCAUUAUCCGUUGAAUUUCGACAUAGAUCAAAUUUCGAACAGCCCCUUAGGGAUCAGAACAAUGAUGCCGAUGAAUCAUCGAUUGGCUUAAGGAAUUAUCACGGUCCACGAGCCGAUUUCAUAACGAGUCACUAUCGUCGUGGUUAUCCGGACAAUCGUGAAUCUCGUGAUACAUUUUUUUCUAAGACAUACGACGAGCUUGAUCUACCUUGGUAUAGAAACAUGAUACGAGAGAGGGAUUACGAUAUACCACCAUUACGUCGUCCAUAUUCCGAAUAUUAUCGAACAUAUCCCGAACGAAAUUAUAGAAUGGAAAGGGAUUAUUACAUGCGUGUACCAAACAACGAGCAUUCUUAUUAUUACGAUCGUUACAGGGACGAGGAUAUUGAUCUUUACGGUAGAGCAAGGACCGCACCGAAACCCAAGAGAAUCAUUUAUUACGCUACCUUGCCGGAGAUCGUAAGGAAGCCUGUUGAUCUUAGAAAUUAUCCUCGUACAGCAUACGAUGGUGGAUUGACCAGGACAACCGUAACACGUGGUGGUACAUUCGAACGUGUUCCCGGUAAUGUAGAUCCCACCAGGUAUCGUUAUCGACAUCUCUACGAUGGUUAUGAUUCUUACACAAAGAGAUCGAGCUUUUACGAUCGUCCUUACGUUGGAUAUAGGGACGACGAGGAUCGUAGAAAGGGUUCAAUCAAGGAGAAUUUAAAUGAGAACGAUUCUGGAUAUGAAGCGAGUAACGAUAGGAACAACAACGUCGUCAAUCAGAUACAAAAUAGGGACGAUGGUAAUAAACUACCCUGGCCCGUGCAAAUUGGUACAGAAGUUAGCGUAAAGGACGACGAGAGGAUUCACGGGAGAAAAAUUUUCGGGGAGACAAUAGGCUUCGAAAGACUUCAAAAUGCACCUGAUCCUGUUGCAACCAGCGAACCUACUGGAAAGGAUACUAAUUGAAACUUUCUUUUUAUUUCUUUCCUUUUUCUUUUCUCUCCUUUUUUUUUUUUUUUUUAACGUGAAAUGCAUUUUAUUAGAGAACGAGAUGAUCUUUUUUUUUUAUAAUCUUCCCUUAACCGAAAGAUCUUAGUAAUAAGUGUAAUUGCUAGUACAGUGGGAAUUAUCAUUAUUAAUUUUCAUUAAAAUCUUCAUUUCUUAUUUAUAUGUUUUAUUAUCUGUAGAAGAGAUUUUAUUAUGCGUUUAAUAUUAAUUUUCACUUGCUAGUACAGUGAAAUCUUCAUUGUUCGUACGUUUAUUAUUUAUAUACUUUCAUUCAUUUCGACACCUUUUUCCAAUCUUUGUCAACUAAAUUUGUUUGUUUUUUAUAUUAAUGUAUGUCUCUUCAUUAAUUUGACAGUGAAGAUUUCACAAUAACAUGUUCACAUUCUCUCUCUUUUUCUCUUUUUCUUUCAAAUGGAAAAAUACAAUUGGUUUGUAGCGCUAAUUGGGAAUGGAAAAUGGUUUAUUGGUUAAUGGGUUGUUGGUAGGUAGGUAGUGGGUAUUGGGAAUGGUUGAAUAACUCGCAUUAAUUUUAGCGAGAAAUAUUAUUUUUAAUAUCUUUCAUUUCUUUUUUCUUUCCUUUUUUUUUAUCUACACGAAAGCACGAGAUCUUUAUUCGCAUCGAAACAAAAGUAU